AUGUUCAGGCCAAUCACGAAGAAUGAGUGGCUUUUCUGUGGGGCAUUGUUCGCGCAAGCCAUCAUCAUCCUGGCACUAGAGAUAUUUAUCAUGGUCGAAUGGCAGUUGUGGGUUCAUCCCAACAUAAUCCAAGUGACUGUGUCCUAUGUCGUCCCGAUCAACCUAGCCAUCUUCGUCUUUACAUGCAUUUACGAGCUGAUUCUGGCUAUCGAUGCUGUACAUCACAAGAAUAAUUUGCUGCUGUUCGCUAUCUGCGUCAGCAAUGUCUGCAUUCUCGCAUUCUCUGGAAUGCAGGCCCCUGCCAUGAAAGACAUCGCACGGAGUUUGCCCGCUGCCCGCGAUGCUGAAUGGCAGCCCCUCGUGGAUAUAGAUAUCGAUUUCUGGGAACGAGUUGGUCCAGCUCAUAUCGCUUGUCCGAUUAUUUUUGGGAUUUGUACCCUUGUCAUAUGGCCAUGUGCCUACCAACUACACAAAGAGUAUGCUUGGGCUAUUUACCGGAGUAUCCACGGUGAUAUGAGAAUCAAAACUCGCUUUCUGACUUACGAGAUCUAUCUUGUUUUGAUCAAGCUCGAUUUCUACUUUAUCACGGUUUUUAUCAUGCAAUAUGAUCUUAUCGAUGUCCACUUUGCAGAACCAGAGUUUGCAUUAACACUUGCUAUUCUCCCCGCAUCAUUUAUUAUGAUGGUAAUGGCUGUAUGGUCUGUUCGGAGGGAAUGGAAAAUAGCAAUGAUUCUAAUCAUUAUUUGCCAUGCUGCAAUCAUUGCAUACCUACUCAGUCGAAUUAUUGUGCUUUACGGGCAUGGUUUCCGAGCAAACACGGCCGAUAAAGACAUGAUGCUGCUCUUCGCCUUCGUUGCCUUGUUCCUCAUGACUUUCACAUUCAUAUGCGCGGUUGUUUGCACACUCAAUUUUGACCGUGGAUUGAAGCUAGUUCUUAACGAAAAGGCACCUAUAUAG